AUGCUUAUCCAUGUGACCCAUCUAACUUUCAGCCUCGGCCCACGCGGCCAACGCCGAAUAACACGCUUUUGCAAAAAGCAAAAAAAGGAAAAUUCGACGACAUGGAAGUUGAAGCAACAGAAACAGCAGAAGAGAAAGCAGAAACAGAGAAGAAACAGAAACACACCAAGGGAUGCAGAAGUUGAUGGCCGACAUGGAUGCUGUUCUACGACCGUCGGUAGCCCAACACGAGGCCGCCACCUCAUCUCUGCCACUCCUUUUGCGCUGCCUCGAUUCCAAACGGCCUGCAAAAGCAAGGAGAAAAAGCAACGAAAAAGCAAAAAUGGGCCCUGGUCUAGCGUGGAGUCUUUAAUGUGGAUUGCGUGA